AUGUCUUACCUGGACGGCGGCGGCAUAGCUCGAGGACUGACAGUUGCUGGCGCCAGGCUCCAGUUACCGGUGAUGCAUCGAAGGCCGAUGGAACCAGACAGCCGUUCUGUCGAUGGCGUCAAGGCAGAUAAGGCGCACAUGGAGGCCAGCAGCCUGCGCACGCUGAUCACUGGCGUGGAUCUGCUGCAGUCCAGGAACACAGCAAGGCCAAAAUAA